CUCUUUCUCUCUCUCUCCCCCAGCAUCAUCGCCCGCAAUCAUCGUCACGAUCAUCAACGUCGUCGUUUACGCCAACCACGCGCGAAACUACGAAGGGGGACUUCCUGGCCAAACCUGUCGCGCGUCGUGUUGUUUAUUGUUAUGUCGUUCGCCUCAAACAACGUCGGCAGCGUCGUCGGAACUCACGGCACCUCGACGGCGCGACGACAUGUCGCCUCGCGUGACACUUUGCAUCUGCCUCUACGUCGCGUUUUCGUGGCUCCUUUUUAACCAGGAAGCUCUUCCCCGAUAGAUCAUUCGUGAAGCAUUCGCGUGUGUCAUUUCCAUGAGCUGUGUUUUUUAGUCAGGACCAAUUUCUACCCACUGCUGUAUUGAUCAGAAAGGAAUAUUUUUUUGUUGCUCAGUGACAUUUUCUUUGCAACUUUGAAACUCAUGUUUUUCGAAGUUUACAAGAGACUCUUCCCACGUCGUCACAAUGUCUAUGCAACAGUUCUGUUUGCGAUGGAACAAUCAUCAACCGAAUUUCAUUUCGGUCUUUUCCAAUUUGCUGAAUAAUGAAACUUUGGUAGAUGUCACUCUCGCUGCAGAAGGCAGGCAAAUUCAGGCUCAUAAGGUUGUGCUGUCGGCAUGCAGCACGUACUUUCAGUCGCUGUUCACAGUGAAUCCCUGUCAGCACCCUAUUGUUAUACUCAAGGACAUCAAGUUUUCCGACCUCAAGAUUAUGGUAGAUUUUAUGUAUUAUGGAGAAGUGAACAUAUCUCAAGACCAAUUGCCAUCCAUCAUAAAGACGGCAGAGAGUUUGAAGAUAAAGGGACUCGCGGAAAUGCAUACAGCAUCAUUAACUAAAUGGCCAAGUGGAAGCAGCGAAACGGGCGGAGGGGAUCGCGGCGAAUCCUGUUCACCAAGUCCAUCUCCGUUAUCUCCUUCUUUUCGUAGAAAAAGAUUAAGGAAGUCUUCUACUGGCUCAACGUCUGGUUCCGGUGACAAACCGGAGGAAAUGAAUGAAAUCACACUAGUGGCUACUAACAUCGUUAAACCUGAACCUCUUAUUGCGUCGCAAGAAAGCGGAGAGAAUUUGAGGCGACCAAUAAACACUAGCACAGAAUCUCAAGGCAGUAUUGAUGAAGAUCAAAUAUCAAUUAUGAGUAAUAUGGAAACUAGUUCUGCUAAUACGCCCGCCCAAAGUGACGGUUCUAUUCAAGAUGUAAGUCAACAAUCGGCAGGAAAUAUUGGACAAAGUUCUGUUUCUACGCAACCACCUGUUCAUCAAGUUCUUCAUUGCAAGCAGACGCAAGUAACGAAGAGGACUCGGCUGCUGAUCAGACAGCCGCGAGUGAAGAAGGAACCGAGUCACUUGUCACCGGACGGCGAAUCGAGCUCGUUUUCGCCGCACAUUGUCUCGACCUCCGUUCAUCUCGCCACGCCGACGCUGAAUCUUCCCCAAACGUCGAGGAGUUUCGAGGAGUCGCGUAUAUCGCCACCGCCACACACCAUGCUGGUCAAUCAACCGAAUCUGUUGACGGUGACGACGUCGCCCAACCUGUUGACGGUGCCCCAGCCAGCCUACCUGACGAAGCAGCACUCGCAUCCGCUGCUGUCGAGCCAGCAACCGAGUACGUCUGGAACGUACUGGAUACACCGCCAGCACUCGCAUCCGGAGUUGCCUGGCAGGACCACGAGCCCGUCGAUAGUGAUCGAGCCGGCGCCCAUCCUUAAAACGGAGGAAGAGGGAUGCGAGGAAGUCCCGACUCCGACUACACCAGCUACCGCCACCGAGUUUGGGUCUAGCGGCGGCGGUGGUGGUGGUGGUGGUAGUGGUGGUGGCACUUCCGGCGGACUGAGGGUGAAAACGACGGAGUUGAGGCGAGCUUCCUCAUCGCCACAGACGAGCAGUAGCAGAGAGCCUCGCGAGAGUUCGGGGGAUCAACGAUUAGGUCACUGUCCGGUGUUGCGCCAGGGCCCUGCCUUAGGCUGCAAUCACUGCUGGAAUACGAUAGACACCCACGGCAGGAUACUCCGUAGGAAGACCAAGUAUCAUUGUCCCGAAUGCCAGAUCAAUUUGUGCAUCGUGCCCUGCUUUCAGGAAUACCACGAGCAGCGGCGCGAGCUGAUUUCCAAAUUGAAGCCCUUACCGAAAACUAGCUCUGUUUAAUUCCCCCCUCCUCCCUGUCCCCGAUUUAAUUAUGUACUUUGUUUUGUAAUUGUUACUUAUCGGAUUACGUGUUAAAGCACGCGCUUUAAAUGUAUGAAGGUUCAACGUGACGAAAUAACGAAUCCGUUGGCGUGUGACAUUAUUUUUCUCGUGUACGAUGAAUGUGAAUCAUCAGAUUGAUAUCGAAGACUUCACGACUUGAUAUAUUUUCGUAAUACAUUUACAGCAUCUAUAUAAUUGUUAAAGUAGGUUCUGAAAUCAUUGCAAUCUCGCGGUUUGAUGAUACGAAUAUUUAUAAUUGUGUGUAAUACGCUUUCCCCCUUCUGUAUUAGUCCUUCUGUAAUUUUUACGUAGUCACAUUUUUUUAAGUUAAAUAUGUGACCAUUUCAUCAAGGAACUUUUAGUUUUUAUCAAAAGCAAUUACUCUAAUUUUAAAUUAGUAAAUUAUAUAAAAUUUUACUUUAACGUAGACAUGAAAAAAUUAAUAUAUUAUUUUUCGUGCAAUUUUAUAAAAUUCAUGACAAAAAGUGUAUCGAGAUUGGAUGUAAGACUACCUGUUAAUUUGGAAAAUAUGUAAAUAAUUAUUGCAAAGUGCAGCACUUUAUUAUUUUCGUUAUGAUUUAUAUUUCAGCGCACACAAUAUGCAUAUUAGGGAUAUAAAUAUUCUCUAUAAAAAAAAAUACUUAUUAAUUUAGAUAAUAUCAGUAACAGAUAUUAAAAAAACUUUUUUUUAAGUAUUUCAGUUACUUUCGUAUCAAUAUAGCAGAUUUUCGAUUGUUUAUAUUAAUACGUAUUAGUAAAAAUCGCAAUCUAUCUAAAUUGAUGGUUGACGAUUUUUGGAAUUAUCUAAAUUAAUAAAUUUUAUUUUUUUUUUAUAUAGGACAUUUACCGUAAUAUGCGGACAUAAAUUCAACAUACAAAUAUGAAAAAAAAUUUACGUGCAUAUUUUCGCCUUAUUCGAGUUUUCUUAAGAGUUAUAAAUGUUUUAUGUACAAGAGUUUUUGUUUUGUUUUCUUUCAAAUUGUUUUUAUUCAAGAUGACCAUCUCGAAUAAGUGUGAACGUAUUAUUGAUCUUUCUAGAUUUAUUUAAAGUAAAAAAUUUGUUAAAAGAUAAAAUGACUGUGACUCAAAUAGUUUAUAUCGAAUCGAUGCUUUUAGCUGCUGAAUUAUUUUUUUCUGAAAUAUUUUCAUAAGUGUAUCUAUGAGAACAACAAUGUAUCGUGUAUUUUAUUGCAAGUGUAUUAGCUUAACGCGUAUUCGUAUGAUUUUUAAUGUUAACGUAUCUAACGUUAUUUUUUUCCAAAUAUUUUCCGUCUUUCGUCCAAUCACGCUACACCGCAUGAUCUCAAAAUAGAACCCUCUCGCACUAUGUCUUUCUUUCUGUGUGGUUGUCGCUCUCUUUCUCUCUCUCUCUCUCUCUCUCUCUCUGUCUCCCUUUUGUAUGAAUGCAUCGAGAUAAUAAUUUCUCUCGACGACACGCAGACACUAAUUUUGGAGACCAUGAAUUGCGAGAUGGAAUUGCAAAAAAAAAGAGAAACAAAAGUUGGCUGAAAACCGACGCGGCAGCCGCUAAAACGAGAGCUUUAGCACACGUGCAACGAUCGAAAUUCGGUGUACUUUUAUAAAUCACUUCCUACCAUUCGCAGGGCCACCCCUAUCGCCACCUGUAACGACAUCCCGCCGUUAAUGCGUCCGUGUAAAUUUGUCGCCGUUUGUUCCACGAGGCGGGAUGCGCGAGUUCCUUCCUUCAACACGCGAGUUUUAGGAUUAAAAAAAAAAGAAUAGUACAAGCGAGAUCCGUGUUGUCAAUAUAUUGUUUGUAUAUAUAUAGAAAUAUAUAUGUUCCAGAUUUUCUAUUUAAUAUAUGUAACAAAAAGUUUUCUAAAAUCAAAAUUGUGCUGUGACCGCCACGUAAAGUAGUAGCAUGUACUUAUUGUUAGUGCACAUUCAGCAUGGCAAACUUUCGAAUAAAGAAUUGAACAAUUCUUUAAAUAAUUGUAAAAUAUAUUUAUAUCUCAAAUUGUAUUUGUCAAAUUUUUGACGAAUAUUAUUUAGAAAUUUUAUUUCGACAAAUUUGCUGCGUUAUGGCGAAUCAUCUUAGCGCAGGUAUUGUAAAUUUUCGUGAAUUCGUAAUGACAUUGUUGCACCCUUUCCACAAUUUGUCUAUAGGAGUAUUAUUUUUGCUCGCAAGAAAUAUAACUUGUUUAAUGAUUGUCGUCAGCGAAAGACACUGAUGUUGUCUGUACAGCCUAUAUCCGAAGCUCGUUUUUCUGUUUCGAUUUUGCAAUUCAAAAUUCAAACAAAAACAAAAUGUUUUUUAAUCGAACGUUUCGUUUUUAUCAAAACACAUUCGAUUUACGCGAGAAUUUUGGUGGUAUGUACGUUUCUAUCAAGCCUCUCCGCUUGUACUAACUUUUUUUUCUCUUAUUUCCCGGGCCAAUUUUCGCUUGAAAUUCACGUACUAUUUGUCACCCGAUUCCAGACUCCGAGCAUUUUUUUUAUGUCUGUUUCUCGUGCAUUUAUCGCGGAAGAGUGUCAGAAGUGCCGACACGUGUCGCGAACGGGAUGGCCGUAGAAGUGACCGUGUAAAAGAUUUUUCUCCACGGGGGAGAGAAAAGUCGUGGUGUGAUGGAUUAGGCCGGAUUCGCUCCGGCCAUUUCGAUAAAUCACGAUUUGCGAGGCGGACAGGCGAGGAGCUCUGCCCGCGACCUGCAUUUCCCCUGACACCUCCUUGCGAGCGACACCGAGCAACGUUCGCGCACUUUGUAUAUGUAAAAGAUGUUGAAGAUGUAGAAAUACGUGCAAUAUAUUUUUCUCGGCAUUACAGAUGUAUUAUAUGCGCAAGCGUUAUACCGAUUAAUCAUAUUUUAUGUAAAUCUAGCCUGAGAGAUUCGUAAAUUAAAAUAAAAUAAUGUGAGAUCACACACAUACAUAAAGCGACGACCGGAUUAAUUAUCUCCCGUAUUAGAUCAUUCCAUCGAGCUCAUCAGUCUGACGCAGAGUACCCUAUCUUGUAACAUUAAUUGCGAUGUAAUAUCACGCGUUUCCGAUGUAUCGAUGUUUAAUAGAUUACUGGACCUACCCGAUUGAAAAAGAAAAAAAAAAAAGAACGACUACCCAAACAAAUUGCUAUCAUUUCUUAUCUCUCAAAAAUUGUUUGUUAUCAAAGUGUACUUUUCCCGUCAUAGUUUUUCCAUCCCCACGUCGAGGAUACGCGAUCCCGAGGUAACUCGAGCGAAAGAGGUCACAGAUGGUAAAGAAAAAGAUACAAUCUAACAUGGCCACGAUAUAGAUAGAGAAACUAAAAUACGGAUCUAAAAUAUAAAUUAAAAUAUAGAUUAAAAAUAGAUAGAUAACGGCCAUGUAUGGGAUGGCAGUCGGAAAAUUGCUGAGCAGUUGAUUCUUUUUUUAAUUUUUAUUUUCUUUUCAACGAACGAAUGGAAUGAGAGCCGUGAUACGAGCUGCAGCUGCGUUGCCCGCGUGGCAAAAGAAUAAUAUUAAUUAGAAACUGUUCAUCCGACGACGGAAAGAGAGUCGACGUCGACUUCUUCUCCCGCCGCCGAAUCCUCGAGCAAAUCGUUACUCGCAAUAAAUCCGCGAGGGUGGACGACUUCUUUUUUUUCCUCGGGUCGGUCGCCGGCGGCGGCAGCGUCGUUUCCUCGGCGGUGAUCGCCGUCCGCGGGAUAUGGGGUCAGCCGUUUCUUCUACCCGCAAGCUGACGCCACCGCCACCGUCGUAACGGCAGUAACCCCUCUCGUCGCAUAACGCGCGAGACGGAAGAGCCGUCAUCUUGGAUCCCCCAAAAGCCGCGGCGAUAUUGUACGCGCAGCCGGUGCCCCGUCGACAGCUGGACCCCUCGUCUCUCCGGCUCUCUCUCUCUUUCUCCACCUCCCUCUCUCUUUCUCUCGUCGCAAACGAAAAGUCACCGCUCGGAUUAAUCGUCGGCGAAAAACCCCCCUCGAUACACGGACGCGGCUCGUGGGAGGUCAAUCUUGUUAGGGCGAGAGAGCGCGGAAGCGAUCCGCGGCAAAGCCGACGGAUACGCGUGUUGCACGCGGCCUUCGCGCGCCGGUGCCACCCCGAUGCGUCCCCGACGAGGCGGCAGAACGCUUUAAAGCGGAUGUCUGAUUCUCAUUAUUGUUGUCGUAUUGAUUGUGCGCUGAGCUUUUUGCAAGUGCCCAGCUAAGCUGAUUGAUAAAAUUGUAAAAUAAAAUUAAAAGUGAUUCCUGAGACUACUCGCGCUCCUCGCAGCUUUUAAUUAUCUCUCUUUUUACAUGCAUCUAUAGCUUAUGUCAUGGUGUUAAUUUAUAGUUUUUUCUGUAUUUGUAUUUGUGCGCAAAGAUACAACAAAUUCCUAAUCAAAAUUACUUCUAUUAUGUACAGAAUUAACUCAGUCGACACAAUUUGUGUAACUGCUAUAUAAUUUGGGAACAAUACUUUGUAUAAUAAAUGGUUCGUGAUAUUUGUAUUAUGAUUACUUGUAACUGUUGUUUCCUUUUAUGUAAUAUAAAUAUGUAAAUGUUACAUAUUAUUUACAUAACAAAUAUGCAAUGCUUCAGUAUAUCAGAUUUUAAACAUUCGAACUCCGAUAUAUAAAUGUUAAACAAAAAAAUAAUUAUAAUAUACCAUCAUUAUUAUUUUUGAAAAAGGGUGAAAUUAUAAUUACAACAUUGCUGCACCAUUGCUGAAACUUAUUGUAGCUAUUAUAUAAUGAACCCAUAACUGUGUCGACUGGGAAUUUUGUUUAAAUUAAAGAGAAAUCAUGUUAGUGCAUUAAAAAAUGCUUAUAGAUCACCUAGAGCUGUCAAAGGUAAAAAUAUACGACCUUGUUAUGGUAAAUUGUAUCUUUGUUUGUCGCGAAAUAAUAACCGAAGUGUUAAUGUAAAUUUAUGAAUCCUUGAGGGAAAUUCGUGAAUUGAAGAGGUAUCUUAGUUUCUUCGAUUAAACUUUUACAAUCUUCAUAAGAUGCAAUUGUGAAAUGAUUAAAUGAUCAAAAGAGACAUCACGAUAAUAUUAACGACGAUACGUAAGAAUAACUAAGGUUUGACAAGAAUAGAGGAAAAAGCAAGAUAACGUAAAACUUAAUUUAUAUAGUGAAACUUUGAAAUGAACGGAAAGGAAACGGUGUUUAAUCCUCUAGCGAUCAGUACCGCAUAUUUAUAACGUUCACUUUCCACGUACAAAUGUAUCAAUAAAUUCGGGACUUACGCA